AUGAAGCACUUCAUCGCCCCCGCGUUCGCUGCUCAGCUGGCCCUUGUCGCCGCUGUCGCUCAGGGCCAAUUUGGUGGCAAUGAUCCCAAUGACUUUGAGGAGGGACUUGGAGAGGCCGGCUUCAGUUCUUGGCCUAGCUCGUGGUCGACUACGGGCUCGUGGCCCUCUACCUGGACCGAUUCGUCUUGGACGGGUUCUUGGCCCUCCUCCUGGACGGAUUCGUCCUGGACGGGCUCGUGGCCAUCGACUUGGACGGAUUCGUCCUGGACGAGCUCGUGGCCAUCGUCGACUUGGACCAGCACCACCAGCACCAGUAGCAGCUCUUACAGCAGCUCAUCCAGCACGGAGACUAGCACCAGCACCAGCAGCAGCUCCAGCUACACCUCGUCAAGCUCCACGUCCUCGCCCACCAGCGAAUCUACUUCGUCCUCUUACUCGACCUCGUCGAGCAGCUCCGAGAGCUCUUCUGCUUUGCCUACGUCCGAGUCUACCUCCUCUUCUUCCUACAGCACCUCGACUACCAGCUCGGAGAGCUCGUCUGAAUCCGCCUCGCCCACUUCUGAGUCUUCCUCCUCAUCCUACUCUACUUCCACCAGCUCCGAGAGCUCGUCCGAAUCUGCUUCGCCCACUUCCGAGUCUUCCUCCUCGUCCUACUCCACUUACACCACCAGCUCGGAGAGCUCAUCUGAAUCUGAGGAGAGCACCUCCACCUACAGCUCCGAGAGUUCUUCGGAAUCUGAGGAGGGCACCUCGACCACCAGCUCCGAGAGCUCGUCGGAAUCCGAAGAGAGCACCUCCACUUCCGAGCCCUCCAGCGCCGAGGCCUCUGCCACCGACUCGUCUACCGCCUCCUACUCCAACACCACCACCAGCGGCUCAUCUUCCCACUCGCGCUCCCGCACCAGCUCCGCCACCGCAUCGGCCACGUCCUCGUCCGACAGCGAUGACGAGGGCGACGACACGACCGGCAAGGCCUCCGGCAACGGCCGUGGUGGCGGCAACAACAACAACAAGGGCAACAACAACGAGGAGGAGAACGAGAACAACAACGAAGGCGGCAGCUCCGAGAAGACUGGCAUCAAGGGCGACGCGGCCAUCGACGGCGGCGACGGCAACGACGACGAGAGCAGCAGCAGCGAGGACAAGACCGGCGACGACCACGAGGAGGAGGAGCACAAGAGCAGCAGCGCCGGUGCCGCUCCCAGCGUCGGCACUCCCAUUGCCACGCCCCCGGCCGAGUACACGGGUGGUGCCUUUGCGAACAGCAUCGACUUCGGCAUGCUUGGUGUCGCUGCUCUCGCUGCUGCGCGCUUCAUGGCCUAA